AUGAAAGCAUUCAUCGUAGUGUGUUUAGCGGCGGUCGCGGCGGCGAUGCCGACGUCCAAGGAAGAUGGCAUGCAGAAGUUCAUCUCGACGCUGAGGGAUUGUGUUGAAACCGACACAAUGCUGUGCUUAAAGGAAAAAGCGAUGAAAUUCACCGAAAAUCUUGCUGUAGCCAAGGACCUUAGCCUUGUAGAUGGAAUCACCUUCGCUAGAACCGGUUCCCCGCGAUCAGCUCGCAGCUACGACCCCUUGCCUGAUGACCCCAAAUCCAGGGAACUCCAAGUAGAAGAGAGGAUCAUGGACAAUGUUGUUGAUUUUCUGGACAGCCAUGCCCUGCAACUGAGAAUGCCAAAAUCCUUCACAGAAGAUAACUCCGUUGAUGAGGAAGGCCGUGGCAAGAAGAAGAAGAAGCUCAAGAAACUCCUUCCCAUCCUCGCCCUCAUCAAAUUGAAGCUCGCUGCACUUGUACCUCUGUUCCUCGGCAUCAUCGCCUUCGCAGUAUUCAAGGCUUAUCUUCUAGGAAAACUCGCUUUCAUCGCUGCAGCCUUCGGAGCUCUGAAGAAGCUUCUAGAAUCCAAGUCAAAGAGCGGCGGUGGUGGUUGGUCUGAGCCAGCUCACGAAGAGCACGGCUGGGAUAACGGCGGCGGCUGGGGAAGAUCCCAAGACGCUCAAAGUAUGGCCUACGCCGCUCACAUCAAACAGGCGUAA